AUGUUGGCGCCAACUGUCACUAUUCAACCAUCAUCCCGACCGUCCAGUACGAUGGGAGAACGAGAAGUUAUGGCGUCUGCGGAUGGCAGCGAAGAAAAACAUGAACCAAAUGUGAAAGAGAUUGUUGCCCCUGCAAGAUUAAACGUCCCUCAGUCCGAAAACAAGUCAGAAAGUGAAGAUGAAGAUUAUCAAGAAGUGUCACGUCACACACAACAAAUGGGACAUAAUGUCGGACCAGCGGGAUAUUGGCAGAGUGUACCCAACAGCAGAGCAGCUAGUCCCGGUAAUGACAACGGAAGCGAAACAUCAUCAGUUAUGCCUGCUCCUGUCCCUGGAUUGGCUGCUUCUAGAGUAGCUAAAGACAAAUAUAAUCAUCUAUCGUAUUGGAAAGCGAGAAAAGUGACGUUUUUUAAAAAUGGCGAUUUAUACUUUCCGGGAUUAGAACUACGGUUCAGACCUGGGAGAGAUAUUGGAAAUUUAGAAGCAUUAUUGGACAAAUUAUCAUCUCGAAUGGAUUUACCUCGUGGAGCACGAUAUUUGUUUUCUAUGGAUGGCGGCAGGGUUGUCAGCUUAGAUCAAUUAGAAGACGAUCAGUCAUACGUGGUUUCCUCUUAUAAAAGUUUUAAGGUAUUUAUUUAG